AUGCACCAAGGCGGCUGCGGAGCGGGAUGGGACAAAUUAUUCCCACAGCCCCCCCGGAGGGGAUGCAACAUCACCUCUCUUCCAGCCUCUUCGGCGCUGCUUCUCCAGAGCCAGGCGGGGCGGGGCGUGCGGCUCGGCCCCCUGGCAAAGCAGCCACCCCCGGAGCCCGAAGGGCGGUCCUGCCGCACGCCCCCCGAGCCCUGGCGCCGCUGUCCCGGCCCCGUCGCCCCGGGCGGUAUUGGCAGCUGCGGCGGGCGGAUGGCGGCGGAGCUGGGAGCGGGGAUGCGCAUCUUCCGCGAUGUGAAUGACGGAAAGCUGUCCUUUGAUGAAUUCAAGGCUUACUUUGAUGAUGGAGUUCUGAGUGGAGAGGAACUGCGUGAACUUUUUCACACCAUUGAUACACACAAUACUGACAAUCUCGACACAGAAGAGCUCUGUGAAUAUUUUUCCCAGCACUUAGGAGAGUAUGAAAAUGUUCUUUCUGUCUUGGAAGACUUAAACAUGACCAUACUGAAGGCAAUGGACAAGACAAAGAAAGAGUAUCAGGAAGCUUCUAAUUUGGAGCAGUUUGUGACUCGCUUUCUUUUGAAGGAAACACUGAACCAGCUUCAGUCCCUCCAGAGUUCCCUGGAGUGUGCCAUGGAAACCACAGAGGAGCAGACUCGACAGGAGAGACAAGGCCCAACAAAACCAGAAGUCCUCUCACUGGAGUGGCCAAGGAAACGCUCAGCUCGAAGGCUUCAGAGGAACAACAGCCUGUUGCCAACUAGCCCUCAGUUUAGCACAGGCUGGAUUGAGGAAAACAGCCAGUGGAUGACCCAGAUAAACAGACUCCAAAAGCUGAUUGACAGGCUGGAAAAGAAGGACCUAAAGCUUGAGCCAUUUGAAGAGGAAGUUUUGGAAGGAAAUGCAAGACCUCACAUACUGAUUGUUCAGCGGCAAAUGGCUGUGACAGGAGAAGCGAUGGAAAGAUUCCGGGUUGCCCUCAAGCACUACGUGGAAUCGGCUGCUACUCAGGGUGGCUGCUUGCAUGUUUCCAUACAGAAGCUUCCAAGUGAUUCCCGCUUCAUUGUGUAUGAGUUCUGGGAGAACAGCAAUGCCUGGAAUAGCCACCUUCAAAUGAAUUACAGCAAGACAUUCCAAAAAAGCAACGUGGACUUCUUGGAGACUCCAGAGAUCAUCACAACAAUGCUAGUCCCUGCAUCCUGGUGGGUCCUCAACAACAACUAG